AUGACACCAGCCCAGAUCGAGCUGACAAUCAAACGACUUCUGAGAAUGGGCGCGCCCAAGGCCUUCGCGAUGUUGGUCUUGCUGGUGGCCUCGCUGGCGAUUCCGAGUGGGGAGUCAGACUGCUCCAAUUUGGAAGUUCUGGAACUCUUUGCUGGAACAGCCAGGCUUUGCAGAUCGGCCCGUUCCCUUGGCAUACCAGCUGAAGCUCACGACAUUUUGUUUGACCCUCACAGAUCCCAGAAAGGCAAGAGUGCCAUGGACAUCAAUGAGCCGGCCGGUUUCUUGUUACCUGGCAUUUUGGGACCCCCGCUUUAG